GGGGGCCGAGGGGGACUGCUGGUCGCGCUGGGCGACUCGGCCGCGAGCCGGGGCAUUGUCCCCGAGGCGGAGGUGCUGGCCCUGCCCGCCGACGGCUUCAUCGUCAGGUCGGGCGACGCCGGCGGACGGCACGCCUUCGCCUGCGCGGGGCGCACCCGCCGCGCGGUGGGCUUUGCGUUGUUCGAGCUGCUGCAGCGGCUGGGUUUCGCCUUCCUGCACCCGCUGAAGCUGGCGAGGCCCCCAGCAUUGCCCGCGCCACUGCCGCAGCUGGACGUGCGGGAGACCCCGAGGUGGGGCUUCCGCGGCACGCACUACCACACGCAGCACCCGCUCGAGCUCACCAGCCUGCUGAACGGCUUCGACGUGGACGGCGAGAGCUCCUCCAGGGAGCGCUGGGCCGAGCUGCUGCCCGAGUGGGAGUCCGUGUUGGACUGGAUGCUCGCCCACAAGCAGUCGUACUUCGAGUGGAUGCUUCUGACCGACAAGGUCGCCACGACUGCGGGCAGCUUCCAGCUCAGCGCGGAGCGCCAGGAGCGGCUGCGCGUGCUCGUGGGGCUCGCGCACGAGCGCGGCAUCGAGGUCGGCGCGGACGUGCCGCUGACGCUACAGCAGCAGCACGCCCUGAGCCUGCUGCCCAGGAUGACCUCGAACCGCUCCCGGGACCUCCAGGAGGUGCGGCGAAGGGUCGCUUGGCUGACUGCGGGUUCGACCACCUGGGGACAGAGAUGGGCUCCACGGAGUUUACGAAGGGGCUGAGCGAGAAGGAAGUGAUCGCCCUGCUGAACGUCGCCAACGAGGCGAUGGGCCCGGGGCGCCGCGUGCUCGUGAAGCAGCACUGCUCGACCGCGCAGCACGCAAGGGGCUACCCGGACCCACGCCCGGGGGUGAGCGGGGACAUAAAUUUCAACUAUCGAGGAAGAGCAAAAGGUGUAAACACGAACGUCUGCAGGUCCGCACGGAUUUCUUGGAUCGGCGCUAGACCCUCCUGGCGGCGCGUCCGGCGCCACCCAAUGCCAGGCAGGGGGGUUCAGCGCUGA